AUGUCAACCACAAUCGCCAAACGGAUGACAUUUCGUCUGCGUUCCCGGUCAAGCAGUCGACAUCGUGUGGUGUCAUGUUUAGCGCCAUCCUAUCAUAGUCUUGAUGUGCCAUCGCCACCGAAUACCCCGUCUAAUGAAUCCGAUUAUCUGCCAUCGGAAACCUCACCGGCGAAACGUUGCGUGAGUUCCUCUACGUAUGAACUGCUGACACGUCCUGCACAUCCGCCGAAGAGUGCUGUUGCAGCUCCUCUUUGUAUGGGUCGUGCGAUGCGAGUAGUUGUAGUAGGAGGACGACGCGUCGGUAAGACGGCCAUACUCCGACAAGUGGCAUGUUUUGAGGACAUCACUUCCAAGAAAUAUGAACCAACGAUUGAUGACACAUACCAAGUGAUGUUAGAAGAAGCGGAUCGACCUCGAGAAAUUUUGAUAUUUCACGAUACCGGCGGUUUAGCGGAUCAUGGUCCAGCAGAGUUGAAGAGGCCUUAUCUACAGGUGGCUGAUGCGUUCGUGUUAGUGUAUUCGGUGGCUGAUCAUGAAUCAUUCAAUCGAAUGGAUUUACUUGUAAUGAAAUUGUAUUUAGAAUUAGGAGAAGCAUUUCCGAAAGGAUCGGAAGACAGAGACGGUAUCCCUUUACUAUUCACUUUUUCUUGCUUUACCAGUAUUUUAUAUUAUUCUUUUAUUUUUCCUACGAAGUGA